CGAGCGCCGGGUUGUUCUAUUCAUUCUCAGAAUGGGUGGCGUAGCGGGUAGAGCUGCAGCGGUGGAGACCCGGGUUCGAUCCUGACCUCGGGUUCCGCCUCUGUGUGAAGUUUGCACGUUCUCCCCGUCAAGUCAAGUCACAUAAUAUAGCGCAUUUAAAAAACAACUCUCGUUGGCAAAAAUGCUUUACAUUUGUUAUAAGAAUAGCACAACAAAACAAGCUACAUACAUAUAUACAUGUAGCCCUCACUCAGAGGACGUCAGGAAAGGCUUGGGAGUAUAGAUAAGUCUUUAGUCUUGACUUAAAAAAGUCGAUGGAGGGGGCAGUUCUGAUGGGAAAGGGGAUGCAGUUCCACAGUCUAGGAGCUGCAACCGCAAAGGCACGGUCGCCCCUGAGCUUAUGCCUAGACCGUGGGAUAUUCAGCAACCACAAGUCGGCCGAUCUGAGGGGCCUGGAGGUGGAGUGGUGGGUGAGAAGACUUUUUAUGUAGGUGGGGGCAAGCCCAUUGAGUGCUUUGUAGACAUGGAGGAGAAUCUUGAAGUUUAUACGGAACCGCACAGGGAGCCAGUGGAGAGAGGCCAGGGUCGGGGUGCUGUGGUCCCUUUUUCGGGUGCCCGUCAGGAGUCUCGCUGAGGCUUUUUGGACCAGUUGCAGGCGGGACAGGGAAGAUUGGCUGAUGCCAGUGUAAAGGGAGUUGCAGUAAUCUAGGCGUGACCGGGUGGGUUUCCCUCGGGUGCUCCGAUUUCCUCCCACAUCUCAAAGGUGUGCGAAGUUGGAGGUUAAUUUCCCUCUGCAAAUUGUCCCCUAGUUUGAAGGGAGUGGAUACGAAAGUGUGAUAACAUAGAACUAGGGUGAUCGAUGGGUCGAAGGGCUUAUUUAUUACCACGUUUUAUCUCUAAACUUAUCUCAGAACUCCGAAUGAGUUUGCCCCCAAGGAUGUGACGAUGACCUUUGAUGUGAAGUUUGGCAUUGUGUAGCUAUCAUUUAACAUGAGUAAUUCAGCGGGUUAGGCAACAUCUGUGGAGAACAUGAAUAGACGACGCUUCGGAUCGGGUGACAACUCAGUCUGAAGAAGGGUCCGUCAUUCCCCUCCACGGAUAGUGCAUAACCCGCUGCGUUUCUCCAGCACUUCGUGCUUUAUUCGAAAAUAUACGAUCCUUUUGAAUUGGUUUGAAAGUCAAGUGGCGAUUCUGUUCUUCCUCGAUGGGAAGACGCUCGUGGAUGUCAUAAUAUCGAAGCGACUCGAAAACGUUUUAACGAUCCCACAGAUAACUAGUGAUGCCGAUCGAAGGACAUAAAGGCAUGGGGCGUGUGUCCAAAUCUGAUGAGGGUUCCAGAGAUGGUUCGAGGGGAAGUUCAUGCAGUUCAACUCCUCUGGCUGACACCGAUCGACUCAAGGAUAAAAUGCGCCGCCGUAUUGAAUCAAGAGAUACCUGGUUCUCCCUGGAGUUUUUUCCUCCACAAACGGCCGAUGCUGCUGUUAAUCUGAUCCCCAGGUUUGACCACAUGGCUGUUGGUGGGCCGCUCUUCAUUGAUGUCACCUGGCGCCCUGCUGGGGACCCAGGUGGCGACAAAGAGACAUCUUCUAUGACCAUUGCCAGUACAGCAGUAAAUUAUUGUGGCCUCGAGACACUGUUGCACUUAACCUGCUGUAACCAAACUAAGGAUCAGAUCACACAGCACCUGAAGAAGGCUCAUAGCCUUGGACUGAAGAACAUAUUUGCACUCCGUGGUGAUCCCCUGGGUGAUGAGUGGAAGACUGAAGAAGAAGGAUUUAAUUAUGCUAGUGACUUGGUCAAACACAUUCGCUGCGAGUUUAAUGACUAUUUCGACAUCUGUGUGGCUGGUUACCCAACUGGGCACCCUGAUUGCGGCAGUUACAAGGAGAAUCUCAGACAUCUGAAAGUAAAGACAGAUGCUGGCUCAGACUUUAUCAUCACCCAACUAUUCUUCAAACCUGAGACCUUCCUAAAGUUUUAUACGGACUGCCGUGCAAUAGGAAUUACUUGCCCCAUUCUGCCAGGGAUAUUUCCCAUUCAGAGUCAUCACUCACUGCGACAACUGGCGAAACUCUCCAAGCUGCAGGUUCCACAGGAAAUCAAAGAUGUCAUUGACCCAAUCAAGGAUAAUGAUGAUGCUGUUAGAAACUAUGGUAUUGACUUGGCCACUGACAUGUGCAGGGUUCUACUGAAGUCGGGGUUGGUGCCAGGGCUCCACUUCUACACCCUGAACCGAGAGGUGGCUACUGUUGAGAUUUUGAAACGACUCGGACUGUGGACUGAGGACCCUAGGCGAGUGUUGCCAUGGACCAUCAGUGCCAAUCCAAAGCGAAAGAUUGAGGAUGUCCGACCGAUAUUUUGGGCUUCAAGGCAGAAGAGUUAUAUCUACAGAACCCAGGACUGGGAUGAAUUUCCAAAUGGAAGAUGGGGGAACUCAUCAUCUCCUGCAUUUGGCGAGUUGAAUGAUUACUAUCUUUUCUAUCUGACGAAUAAAUGUCCCAAGGAGGACCUGCUGAAGAUGUGGGGGGAAGAACUGGUAGACAAAAAUAGCAUCUUCGAUGUCUUCACAGCAUAUGUCACUGGGCAGCCCAACAGCAAUGGGAUAAAGGUGACAUGCAUGCCCUGGAACAAUGAUGCUCUGGCACCAGAAACAUCCUUGAUGAAAAAUGAACUGGAGAAGGUGAACCAAAUGGGAAUUCUCACCAUAAACUCCCAGCCCAACAUUAAUGCUAAACCUUCAACUGACCCCAUGGUGGGCUGGGGGCCUGAGGGAGGCUAUGUAUUUCAGAAGGCAUAUCUUGAGUUUUUUACCUCCUCUGAAAAUAUAUCUACUCUGCUCAAAGUUCUGAAGAAAUAUGAAAUGCGUGUGAACUACCAGAUUGUGAAUGUGAAGGGCGAGAAUAUAAAUAAUGCUUUCAAUCUGCAACCGAUUGCGGUUACAUGGGGUGUCUUUCCAGGACGUGAGAUAAUUCAGCCCACAGUGGUCGAUCCUAUCAGCUUCAUGUACUGGAAGGAUGAAGCCUUUGCCCUGUGGAUUGAACAAUGGGGAAAAUUGUAUCCUACUGGCUCUCACUCUCAAAAGAUAAUUCAAGAUAUUCAUGAUCAGUAUUACCUGGUCAAUCUUGUGGAUAAUGACUUUCCACUUGAGAACUGUCUCUGGCAGGUUAUUGAUGACCUCUUUAAGUUAAAGGCAUCAGAACAGACGCAUGGUUCAGCUUGAGACAUACCAGUGGAGUUAAGUUGUCUCAAUGUCCAGGAUAACUUGCAAUCUCAAAUAGGCAUUAAAUGUUGAUGUGCCCAUGAACUCAACAUGAGAGGAACACCACAUCUCAGCCUGCCGUGUGCAAAUCAAGAUGUCCCUGAACUGAGCAGAAUGGAUUUCUAAUAGUAUUUGAUGGUGUGUUGUGAUUUGUGUUGCUUUGCACAGAACGAGCAGUAUUUCUAUAGGUUUCAGCGGAAGAACAGGAUUGAAUAAGUACUUGGUUCUGGCAAAGCUGUUAAUAAUGGAAGAUCAUUUAUUUAUUAUGUCUCCAUAUCUCCAUUGUUCAGCAAAUGCCAAAUGACCAUUUUUCAUUUGGAUGUAAUGGUAAGUACUCUGCAAGAGUUAGGAAAUUGCACCUGAAGCUUGACUGCUUUUGCCAAACAUCUAGACUGGAAUCAUUCAGUAUCUGCUAGUCUAAUCAGAGCAGGCAAUUGUUGUCGCUUGUUUACAUCCCCUUACCACUUUGCACACGUGUAACACUUGUUGUAUUGUAGUAGUUGAGAUCCUAACCAAAAAUCUCAUUCUAAGAGUAAGUAGUGUGGAUUGGAUAAAUUACAUUUCCACAGUGGAGUGGGGUGUCACAGGUAAUAGGGUUCAGUGACCAACAUCGCCUGGGCCCAUGACUAAACCAAUUUUUGUUGUCUCACUACAAGCCCAUAUUGCAAUGUUCAGUGAUGAGAUCAGAGGUUUAUGGGGUAAAGUUGUUUAAGUCUAACCCACUGAAUUGAUAGCUUACAAUUUAGACCUGCCACCAGCUAUUCUCUUGAAUAAUUCUGAUCUCUUCUUGUUUUCAUGUUUUUCUUAAUAUUUGCUGGAAGACAGAUGCUUUUCCUGGACUGUGCAAUGAACAUGUCUUGAUAUAAUCUAGGUAUUAAAAUAACCCUGAACCCAUGUUUAAGUUUAGUUUAGAAACUGGCUUAAACCGUCUUGUUUUCGAUUCUACAUUGUGGAAAGCCCUAUUGUUGGCUGCUGAGCUGCAGUAUAUUUAUAUAACUAGGAAUCAGUGAUGUUACAGGGUCCUAGCAUGAGUGUGGCAGUAAAGAUGCCAAAUGUCCCUCUAUAGAUUCCAUCAAUCCCAUGUGCAGGAUCUGUUGAAAUAAUCUGAGCAGCCUGGAAAUGUGAGGAAUAGAUAGUGCCAUAGUAUUUUUUAAUGUUUGUCUGAGGGUGCAGUUGGAGGUGUGUUCGAAUCACUAGCGAGGGAUAUAAAAUCAUGUAUUUAUUUGGGUACUAUUGUGGGAGUUUGCGACAUGUAAAUCACUGCUGUAUUUCUUUAACUUCCAACAGUAACCACUUCAAUAAAAUGCAUUGGCUACAAAGCUCUAACAAUAAAAGGGAAAAAAAACUUGGAUAUAGAUCUGGCACUAAAUUCAGAUUAUGACAAAAUUUCUCAACAUCAACCUUGCAAAGUCCAACUCGAACGGCUGUCUGGUGUCUAAAUUUGGACAGCUGUUGUAACAAGUUAUAGCUGAUGUAGGCAUACUCCUAAAGCCAUAACUUACUUAAAAUGUGCCAAAAUGCUUCCUCAAUCCCCGAGUAUAUCCUGUCCUGCUGGCAGGACAGACCGAGUAGGAGUAAUAGCAUAGUAGUAUUCGGGUGGGAGAAAAUAGCCCUGCCAGUCCUCAAUAUUGACUAGCUCCUGAGAAGUCUCCUGGCAUCUGGUUGAGCACAAAAAAAGAAACCUUCCCCUGAUUAUUGCCAACAGCUAAUGAGACGUCUCUCCAUACCUGUAUUACACAAUGUUUGGAAGUAUCAAAGAUACAGAAUGUACUCUGGACGGAGUGCGAAAGUGUUCACCACCAAGAAUGCUUGGGAGCGCCAGCACUGAUUAAACUAAAGGACAUGGCUGCCAAACUGAGUCUUAAUCAACAUGAGCUAUAAUUCAGCUCAAUUUGGGGAAAUUAAGGAAUUUGCCAACACCAUUUGCAUUUAAAUGUCACUGCCAACAUUUCUUAAACAGCCAAGAGAAAAGUAAAUGUUUAAAUUAUGUCAGCUUGCUGAUGUAACCCACUUAUUAAAUGUAACCAUUGCUAAACGACUAAUUUUGUAAGACAUUUGUAAACGGUGAAAUAAUCACCUGACUGCAUAAGCUUGGUGGUAGUUGGACAUAUCCUUAGUUUGAGUUGCCUCUGGCCUUUUGUGGGAUGGGCACUGUGGGAAGUCCCCAACAUUAGGAGAUGCAUAGUUGCCAAGGGUAAGUGAGCUUGUGGAAUUCGUGGGAGAUAUUUUGGGUGAAAAAUUCUGUGGAAUAUGAAGAUCUCUGAAAAGAAGCAUUGGUAAUAAUACUCUUUGACAUCACUUCUACUGAUUAUUAAAAUACUAUGCUUUACUUCGAAUUGCUGGCUUUUUCUUCAUGGCUAAAAGUACUACAGAAGGUGAUCAAACACCUUGGCAUAUGCUAUGGAUAGGCUACAGUUGGGAUAGGCUACAGUUCAUCACCUUUCAUCUGCAUGCAUGUGGCAAAUUCAGUUGUCAAGGGGCAGCAAUUUAUAUUAGACACCUGAAUCUGCUUCAAGGAAUCCACUGGUCCUGAGAUAUCUAAUUCAAGGUUCUCUUCUCCAAUGUCAGCUAAAUGCUAGGAUUUAACUUGUUUGGUGCCAGGCUAUGCCCUCAAAGAUCUAGUAUCUGGUUUAGGCUAAUGUUUUAAUACACAUCUUAAGUUGUUUUUAACUAAAGGAACAAAAAGAAAGUCUGAAGAAGGGUGUCGACCCGAAACGUCACCCGUUCCUUCGCUGCAGAGAUGCUGCCUGUCCCGCUGAGUUACUCCAGCAUUUUGUGUCUACCUUCAAAAAUAAAUACAAUACUCCCCCA